GCACAUAAAAUUCAGUUCUUCUUGUGAAUUUUUUUUGAACAUAUCUGAAUCAUUAAUUGCAAUAUUGGACAAUUCAGAUGACUACCUUCUCCUUCGAGAGGAUCCUUUCAAAAUUCCUGACUUGUCCCGCCACAUUUCUUCCCCCAUUCGUACAAUUCCUCCUCCCCCCUUCUCCUCUGUACAUGCAUUUCUCUGAAGAGAGAGAGAGAUUCAAAGCCCGAUCGGCCGAUCCUACUCCCCACUCUCCCUUUCAGCUUUGCAAUUCACACCCAAAGAAUGAUCGGAAACCCAGCUUUAUCUUGGCAUUCCAACACCACUUACAAACCCCACGACCUCUCCCAGUUUUCCAAAACCCAAUCCAAAUCGUCGCCAUUUUCUAACUCCCAAGACCCUCAAAUCCAGCUGAGAUUCCCAGAACAACCCACCCAUUUGCAUUGCAGUCACACCAACAUCGUGAAAUGCGAAGAAUCGAACCAUGGCCCGAAGGGAUUGAAGUUCGUUCGAGGCCGGAAACUGCUGAGCGAACUCAGCACUUGGGGCAUCGGAGGCCCUUGUAACUAUUUCGUCGAGGUUUCCAGUCAAACUCAGCUUGUCUAUGUUGUCAGAUACUGUCAAGAGCACUGUAUAAGAUUCAUGAUAGUGGGAAAAGGCUCAAAUUGCCUCUUUGAUGAUAUGGGCUUUGAUGGUUGUGUUAUUCUGAAUCGGAUCGAGUUCUUGGAAAGGAUUGAUUCCAACACAUUUAGAGUUGGAAGCGGUUUUGGAUUCAAUCGUUUGGGGAUCUUGUGCUCAAGUAAAGGAUUGACAGGGCUUGAAUUCGCUGGUGGAAUCCCUGGAACUGUAGGAGGAGCUGCUUACAUGAAUGCUGGAGCAAAUGGGCAGGAAACUGCUGAUGUUGUUGAUAGCAUUGAGAUAGUCACAACUGAAGGUGAACUACAGAGACUGAACAGGAUGGACCUUAAGUUUGGCUAUCGGUUGUCUCCGUUUCAAGAUAUGAAAGGCUUGGCUGCCAUUGUUGCUGUUACAUUCCAGUUGAAGCAGUCGGAAUCGGCAAGGAGACGGCAAAUAGAACACCUGGAAAGAAGGAGAAACUCUCAGCCACUUGGAGAAAGAACCGCGGGCUCUGUGUUUCGUAAUCCAUCCAAUUCGGGGCUUUCAGCCGGAGAGCUCAUAGAGAGUGCUGGAUUGAAAGGUCGUAGAGUAGGAGGGGCGAUGGUUUCCAACAUUCAUGCUAACUUCUUCAUUAAUUCUGGUGGCUCAACUUCUCAAGACAUGUUGGAGCUCAUCAGCUGGGUUAAAGAGACGGUUUAUCGGAAGUGCGGAGUACAACUCAAGGAAGAAGUAAUGUAUGUUCAAACACAUUGCAAAAUUUUGAACCCAAACAGAGACAAAAGUCGGCCAUUGUGAUAAUGAAGAAGAAUCAUGGAGAAAACGUCCUUGCAAAUAGAACAAGUGCCUUGUGAAAUUCUAAUGAAUCUGUAGAAUAUUAAUCUUCAUGAAAAACCUACUGUUCCUAAUGUGUUGCUUGUCAUACAGAUCCAUCUUUUUGGUACAAGUUGUUAAUGCACAUUGUGCUUGGAAUUUCUGGAA